CUGUGUACUUCUGUGUCAAGUGUCAGCUGCCUUUGUCAUGAAAAAUGUCUUGUACUCAGCAAAUGGAUGAAUUAGUUAAGGAGUAUCUCUUAUUUAGAGGAUUCACGACAACUGUAAGGGCUCUAGAUGCUGAAGUUAAAUCCGAAAAGGACAAGGCGUUUCGGCCUGACAAAAUAGUUGAGCAGUUUAUUCACUUCAUUACCUUGUAUGAUCUUAAUGGUCUGAAAGAUUAUUGGAAUCACUUUGAUCAGUCUGUUUUUGAACGGCUUGAUCCGAAUUUCAUGCCAGCUAUCAAGAAAAUGGAAAAUUCUUUACUACGAAUGUACUUGAUAAAUGCGUGCACUAAUGGUAAACAAGAAAAGGUCCAAGAGUUCUUUGAAAAACUUGGAAGUGAUUUGCAACAUCAACUUGAGUGGAAAGAUUGGUUUGCUUUACCUUUCAUUAAAAAUCCGGAAGAAAACCCUACAUUCAUGGUCUAUUUUACUAGACAGUGGCAGGAUACAAUGCUAAUUUCAUUACAUAAUUUACUUGCUGUUUCUUUCCAGUGCUUACCUCAACCAAAACUGUCCACAUACAAUGAAGAGGCUUCGCGUAUUACUCGUUUGCAGGCUGAAAAUGAUCAACUUAAGUCGAAGUUGGCGAGGACAAAUAUUGGCGAGACUCACGAGUCAGGCGGUACAAACAUACUGUCAUCAGAUAACUUCCCUCCAGGUCUGGAUUUGAUUGAUGAGUUUUAUCUUAUACCUGUAGAUACUUCACCAGCAGACAAUCAUAGUCGCUCUUUCAGAAGCUUCAUACGUGGCUUUGGUACGAAUUCCGGAGUCAGCGGUUCUCUCAACACAUCUCCUCUCUCUGGAAGAAGGGCAUCCUCUUCUCCCAUGAAUCGUUUUUAACGUAUUUCAAGUCGAAUUGUAAAUUCAACACAUUCUUACGAUAAGUAAAGUACGUCAUUUCUAGCACCACAA